AUGAAGCAUUCGCUGGAUGGUGGCAUUGGUUUAAAUUCUGAUACCCUCUUGGUAAUUAAGCUUCCUGAUUCGCAGAUUCUGCGUAUUGUGUCUCGCUCGGUUUUUUUAGCUGUUUUUCUUCUUACGUUACCUUGCAUUGGUUCCAUUUUAAAGGAACUUUCUUCAACUUCUAAUUAUAAUCUGCACACGCAAGGUUUUGAUUCUGAUUUGAUUGCUGUUGAAUAUUUGGAGUCGCUAUUGCUAGAUUUGGCCAAUGAGGGCCUUAUCAAGAAGGGCGAUAAAGCUUUCUUUGUAAGCGCCGGCAUCGGUGCUGUAAUUGAUAAUUUAAGAUUCUUGAAUGCCAAUGAAAUUGAAUUGGUGUUGGCAUCUGAUCUGGGGCAACAAGUAUUGUUCCAUGAUGCAUCAUUUGAUUUUGUAUUUGGAUUUGGGAUUGAAGAUUUUGAAUUCCUGGACCAAAUUGUGAAAGUUGGUGGUGUUCUGGUUACUCAAUUGACUGACCUUCCAAAUGCUUUCCAAAAGAAAUCAAACUAUAGACUUGUUUAUCUUCGGCGUUAUAGUUCAACCAUUGUGGCAAUGAAAAAGACUAGUUUAGCAAAUGAACUGGUGGAUUCUUCAUAUUCGAGGAGGCAGCUCUGUGAGUUGUCAUUGGAGGCGAAGAAAGCAUCAUUGGAUGGCUUGGAAGAUGUUCUGCUUGAGCCCCCAAUGCAUAGGAAAUUCUUGAAGAAAUUCAACUAUUUUCCUGAUUUGUUAGGGGAUUCUUUAGAAGAUUAUCCGCGUCGAGUUUUUGUUGAUGUGAGCUUGCAAGAGGAGAAGGACAGGGUAAUGGCAUGGUUUCAUGAGAACUAUCCAACUAGGAAUCAAAACUUCGAGAUAUACAACAUUGAAAUGGUGCUUGAAGGAGUGUCAAAAACAGUGGCACCAAGCAUUGAUGUUUCAGAUUGGUUAAUGAAGAAUGUGAAGCAAGAUGAGUUUGUUGUAAUGAAGGCAGAAGCAGAAGUGGUGGAGGAGAUGAUAAGGAGGAAGACUAUUGAUUUGGUGGACGAACUAUUUCUAGAGUGUGAGAAUCAGUGGCACAAUGGGGAAGAGAAGAGAAGCAAGAGAGCUUAUUGGGAGUGUUUGGCUUUGUAUGGCAGGCUGAGAGAUAAAGGAAUUGCUGUGCAUCAAUGGUGGAGUUGA